AAUGACGGCUUAACUGUCUUGUUCAGGGGCAGAACAACAGAUUUUUACCUUGUCAGCUGGCCCAACGCUCUAACCACUAGGCUACCCUGCCGCUCCAUGUUACUGGCGAUCGGAAGUAUUUGGAGCGAGAGAUGCAGGUUGAAGUGGAGGUUGAAGUGGAGGUUGAAGGGUAGGUUGAAGGGUAGUGCAGGUGUUGUAUGCUGAGGCAGUGAAGAAAGUAGAGGAGGAUGGGUCAAGGGUGAGGGAUCCUGAGAGGAUCCCUGUGAGUAGUAGAUCUGUGCCAGCACAGAGGGAUAGGCCAACGAGUGAUAUAUGUUUCAGUAAGGUUGGCUUCUAAAGAGUUCAUAGAAAUGGUUAUCAACUGUACCACAGAAAUGCAAUGUAAAUCACAGAAAAUAGAUGUUGUGGUGGAAGCUGCAGAGAACUAUUUUGGUAUAUGAGAUUUGACUUCAGAAGGGUUACAGGGUGUGUUGAGUGGUGGUGUCCCGUCCUUCCAGGUCGGUGGCACCGUGCAUGAGCAGAUAGGUUCAAAGUAGUGGAAUGGGGUAGUGGGUUUUUAAUGAGUGUAGGUGGCAGCUGCAGUGAAUUACCUGGGUGUAUAAGAUUUUACUGCAGAACAGUUUAUGGGGUGGUGAUUGUUAUGAAAUAGUGUUAUAUAGGUGUAGGGUUAGUUUGUGGUGUAUUUUUUCUCUCCUUUUUAGGAACAGGAAUAAUGAAGAGAAUUUAAUGUAGAUAGGCCGUGACUGGCCUUCCGCUUUAAUGUAGUAGGUGGUGGUGUGUGCACCUUUAAAUCGGAUGUGAUCCGCCAACCCCAAUGAAGAAGAAGUUCACUAUUGUGGCUAGCUUCACACAGGUGGAAGAACGGACCAUGAAAAGAUAGAUAUGUUAUAGUCGUGGAAAAUCUGAACUAUUUAUAUUUUCUAAAAUGAAAUAGAUCAAAGUAAUAGAAUACGUGUAAAAGAUUGCGAAUCUAGAAUUGUAUUUAAACAUUUACAAACUUGACAAGAACCAACAAACCAAACCAAACGGUCGAGUCUGGUCGAAGUUAGCUUGUUCGGCUAAUCAGUUAGCUAGCUAAUCAACUAUCAAGAAAAACGGCUAAACUCCAAACAAAAACAAAAAAAUGAUCGUUUAAACAUCAAAUAGUUUCCUUUUAGGAAUUAACUUUUGAGCUACGGAUGAAAAAAAAAAAAGUGUAAGAAAAUCCCAACUCGUGAAGAAACACAACAGCUAACAGCUACAACUGUAAUGUUGUUGGGGCAACGGGGACUGGUUCUCCGCUGUGGCAACCCGUCGGUGUUUCGACGCUGGACACCUUGGGUUCAGUGGCGACUCGGGGCUUUCUUUUUCCUGCUGUUGCUGGAAGGGAUCUUGUGUCUCGCCAACCCCAGCAUUAGCACUGUCUCUGCUCUGGACAUCAACAACCACCCCAGUGUCAACGUCUACAUGAGUGAGGAGGAGGUCAGCAAGCUUUUGGGUCUAGAUGCAGAGCUGUACUACGUGAGGGAUGACGUGGUAAACCACUAUGCGCUCUCCUUCAUCCUGCCUGUACCCAGCGAGACCAACAGCCUGCACUUCACCUGGCGCUCCAAGGAUAAGGUUGAUUACAGGAUGGGUUUCCAUGUAGACAAACCUGCAGCUAUGAACCAACCACAGAGCAACAUCUCUGCCCAGGGGGAGGUGCCUCGCACAGCCUCAGUGUUCAGAGUGGACAUGUUCUGCUCAGGGAAGGUAGAUGGAGAGGCGGUCCUGACGGUACAGCUCAACCUCACCAGCCACUCGAACAACUUCACAGUCCUCAACUUCAAGAGGAGGAAAAUGUGUUACAAACGAAUUGAUUCUGAUCCGAAGAUUACACCGGUCUCCAACAACAAGACCAUUCAGAGGCCAGAGAAUGGAGUGUCCAUUCCUACCACCUCUACCAGGGUGUUCUAUAUCAGUGUUGGGGUGUGCUGUGCUGUCAUCUUCCUGGUGGCCAUUGUCUUGGCUGUUAUGCAUCUACACAGUAUGAAGAGAGUAGAACUGGACAACAGUGUUUCAGACAGUGGCAGUUCCCAGGGCCUGUCCCAGCCGUCUACCCAGACCACCCAGUACCUGAGAGCUGACACACCCAACAACGCCAGUGCUGUCACCAACCAUCACCCUGGCACUGCACCCGUUCUCCAGCUUGCUGCCGCCACCUUCCCAAACCCUGAAGCCCCCGUCCAUGAAACCAGAAGCUACCCGUCACUGCGUAUUGAGAAGAACGACCUGAGAAGCGUUAGUCUGCUUGAAGCCAAAGCCAAGGUCAAAGACAUCUCCAUCUCCAGACUGAGAGUCACUCUACGGGACGUCCUGCACGAAGGAACAUUUGGCCGCAUCUUCCACGGUGUUCUGUUGGACGAAAAGGACCCGGCCAAGGAGAAAUGUUGCUUUGUGAAGACAGUGAAAGACCAUGCCUCUGAGGUGCAGGUGACCAUGAUGCUGACCGAAAGCUGUAAACUACGAGGACUUCAUCACAGGAACCUGCUCCCAAUCAGUCAUGUGUGUACAGAGGAAGGAGAGAAGCCUAUGGUACUACUGCCCUAUAUGAACUGGGGUAACCUCAAACUGUUCCUGAGACAGUGCAAGCUGGCCGAAGCCAACAACCCACAGGCAGUCUCUCAGCAGGACUUGGUCCACAUGGCGAUCCAGAUCGCAUGUGGGAUGAGCUACCUGGCCAGGAGAGAGGUCAUCCACAAAGACCUGGCCGCCAGGAACUGUGUUAUUGACGACAGCAUGCAGGUGAAGAUCUGUGACAACGCCCUGUCCAGAGACCUGUUCCCUAUGGACUACCACUGUCUGGGAGACAACGAGAACAGGCCGGUCCGCUGGAUGGCCCUGGAGAGCCUGCUCAACCAUGACUUCUCUAGUGCUAGUGAUGUGUGGGCGUUUGGCGUGACCCUGUGGGAGUUGAUGACCUUGGGACAGACGCCCUAUGUGGACAUCGACCCCUUCGAGAUGGCAGCCUAUCUGAAGGACGGAUAUAGAAUAGCACAGCCAAUCAACUGUCCUGAUGAACUGUUUGCAGUGAUGGCCUGUUGCUGGGCCCUGGAUCCAGAGGAGAGACCUAAGUUCCAGCAGCUGGUCCAGUGUCUGACUGAGUUUCAUGCAGCGUUGGGGGCCUACGUGUAAAAUCUAGCCCCAGGCUUCUGUACGGACCAGGCCCGAAGGACCAGCAGGCCCAGGAGUUACUGGACAGCACUAAUCACAACGAGGAAUACAUUUACAAACCUUUAUGCAGAAAAGAAAGAAGACUUUCAUUAUUAUGAGAAUUUAUUUUCAGAGUGAGGUUUCUAUAAUUUGUGCUUCAAAUGGAUACUCUGAGGUCGUCAUAUUUCCCAGCAUACCUCACAAGCUUCCAGAACAGACCUAUACCCUCACUAUGAAACGUGGACCCACAAGGACGUCACCUCUUUUGGAAGAACCUAAGAAGCGUAUAUGUGCCAACAAGCUGUACCCUCACCCAACAAGCUGUACCCUCACCCAACAAGCUGUACCCUCACCCAACAAGCUGUACCCUCACCCAACAAGCUGUACCCUCACCCAACAAGCUGUACCCUCACCCAACAAGCUGUACCCUCACCCAACAAGCUGUACCCUCACCCAACAAGCUGUACCCUCACCCUCAGCUGUACCCUCACCCAACAAGCUGUACCCUCACCCAACAAGCUGUACCCUCACCCAACAAGCUGUACCCUCACCCAACAAGCUGUACCCUCACCCUCAGCUGUCGCCACCAUUUUCCUAACAACUACACUUUUGAGGACUUGCUUGUAAAGACAUUUUUUUCCUGUUUGUUUUUUUUUUUUAUCUAAGAAAAGAGAUGUACAUUUAUUGUUGUAGAUCUGUGGUUUUCAGUGAGCGGAUGAGUCCGCAGUAGACCAGUGAGCGGAUGAGUCCACAGUAGACCAGUGAGCGGAUGAGUCCACAGUAGACCAGUGAGCGGAUGAGUCCACAGUAGACCAGUGAGCGGAUGAGUCCACAGUAGACCAGUGAGCGGAUGAGUCCACAGUAGACCAGUGAGCGGAUGAGUCCACAGUAGACCAGUGGCUUCAUGUAUAGUAGUAAGGAAUUCACAUCUUCGCCUAGUACACUACGUAGGGAUUUUGUGCCACAGAUGGGGCUUCUUCUGUGUACUUAAAGACAUGCUGGUUCACUCUGUCAUGGUACGAUAAACUCAAGGUUUGUACGAGAGGCCUCUUGGCGGGGGGGGGGGGGGGUCAAAGGCCUAAGCAGCUCUGCUGGAUGUUAUAUUGGACAAUGACAUGUGGAAUGUCUCUAGUUCAACAGAUCUCUACUGAAGGACCUAUUGAACAUUGUGCCACACGUUACUUUUCCUUUUUCCUUAGGAGACGUGCCAAUGGAGCGUUAGCAUAGCUGAGGACGUUGUUGUUGUCGUCACAUCCUAUGAUCUCCUCAGCAUCCAUUUACCCAGUAGUGUGCACCAGACUGGAUGAUAUAGGCCUGUUACAGGACACUACACACCCAGAUGGGAAAAUGAUUGGUUUUUGAGUUGUUUCCAAUCAUUGGGUUUCUUCCCGUUGUACCCCUUUUGAAAAUCCCAACGAUCAAGUUCACGAUCAGUCAUUUCCCCCAGAUAUUUAUCUAACAGGGUUGUCGUCAUGAAUAAUAUUCUUGUGUUUUUUAACUUUUUGACUGUUCUGUGUCAGAACAAAACCCAGCUACCAACCACACACGUUGUUUUGACAAUGACAAAGUAAGAAUUUAUACUAGAACACUAUCCACACGUGCCAAUCUGACGACGACAUGGCUAGCUCUGGUCCGAGGCGCUACGUGCUGCUUGCUCAUGCUGAGCCUUCAGCAAGCAGCACGUAAUGACCUGGACCAGAGCUAGCAACAUGGCCUCGUAGUAGACCUGUAGGAUGUCUACAGGGAUCACUGCAUGUUGAAUUUUAAAGUGUGUUCCAUCUCUAAACUGAAUUCACACACAACAAAAACAUUAAACUAAUUUGUUCUGA